GCAGGAGGCAUAAAUGAUCUCAUCAGAGCUAGAGCCGCGUUGCUCUGUUCCGCAAGUCCCAUCCGAACUAUGCGGCGUUUGCGCAGCUACAGCCCACUACUUUGCUUCCUAGCUGCUAUACAACUCAUUUUCGCCGAGAUACGUUUCCAGUGGCUUGCUGUCCGCCAGCUCCUAGACCGUUUGACCGUCAACUUGGAACACUCAGACCGCAAAUCUUUAUACAUGAUGGCUCCGUUUUCUGGCACACCAAAUGCAUCACUGCCUUUCAAUUUAAACCUCCUUAAACUUACCCUCGCCUACGCACGGUCUAUGCAGCUCCAACAUCAUACACCACAUUCACGGCUACAACGCCAAACACCAAACGCCAACGUCCUCAGCCCGCCCCCGGCUGCUCUGCAUUGCAUCGCAUGGCAGCUUAAACCACCUAACCUCAUUCAAGCCUACAUGAUGCAGCUCAUGUUCGUUGUGAUUCUCUCCAAUGCCCGCCCGUCAGGCUUGUAUGACCAGACAACUCCAUACCAGGCUCACACACCUCGUUUUGAGGCCCCCGAUAUCAAUAGGCAUUUAACAGAAUGGACUGUCUUGAAGCAACGUACAUUGCAACAGGUGUCUGCAGUAUAA